AACUUUUUGAAAUCUUUUUGGGCCAAAUCCUUUUUGGGUCGAUGGGAGGCAUCUUGCCAUGAUUCGAGUCAAUGUGAUCUCGAGCAAAGCGAGCUCUGACAAGGUGAAAGACGAUGUGGUCUCGGAGGCGGCAAUCUUUGAGACCGAAGUAAACCCUGUGGCGAACAGCCGCCACAUCUAUAGCCAAGCGAGGAAGAAACUUGCGCUGCUCACCCACAGUCCUCACGGCUCAGAUCAUGGUCACCAUCUCCAUCCAGGUAAAGGCACCUUGAUGCCAGCUGCGUCACGGCGCUGGAGCAGAGCUUCAUCGGCGAUUUAUCAUGGUGUGAAGGCCACACAGCGUGCAAAGAUUGCAACCAGUGCCGUCAAGAAGAUGGCUGUCACGAAACAAGUGGGGCGAGAAGAGUCGCUGCAUGAGAAGUUUGCGAAUUUACUGGCCAUGAACGACUUGGAGGAGCGAGUUGCAGUACGCUAUGGAGAGGCCAAACAAUUCUGUGAGAAACUUCGAAGCAUGCGAAAGUCUCUGAACGCAAGGGACCAGGUCCAAGCCAUUGAUGCCGCACAAAGUGUGCUCGACAAGCUGGAGCAUGUGCGGCAAACCGUGGAGGUUAUUGACGAUGCAUGCCUGCAGGAUGUUGAUGCCAGCCUUGCAGAGCUGGCAGCUCUUUGUGAUGCAAAGGGUCUGAAGAGCAGAUUUCAUCGAGCUGGUCGGGCUGCGAUGGUCCUGAACAGAUUGGGGGAAAAUACACCAAGGCGCAACAAAGAGGUUCUGCGUCAGGCCUUCAAGAGGGCAAUCAAAAAGGCAAGCAUGGUGGUUCUGUUCGAAUCUCCCAACAAGGACAGCCCCAAGCGCAAUCACACAAAAACAAGAAUUCUAACAGACGAUGAUGAACUUCUCAGCCCAUCCACUCGGAUUCUGCAUAAACUGGAGGAUAGCGAGCAUAAUUUUCUCACAACAAGCGCAGAGGUCAAAGCUACAGCAAAGAGGGAGUUGCUCACGCUCGGUGUGGGGCUUCCUGGGCAGGAAGCCCCAGAUUUUGACGACGGGAUCAAUGAGGCAAGAGCAGGUUCCAAGCCUUUGAUGCCUCACCGGCGCAAGAUAGGGGCCACAAUCAAGGCCAGCUAUACUCUGGAGACUCUGGAGGACGAUUCUUUCGAUUUUUCGUGGUCAAUGUCCCCACGUGCAUUCCGUGCGGCCAGCAAAGGUGACAAAGGUGACAAAGGUGAUAAAGGUGGUGGGUACGGUGGGAGCACCGGUGCAAAGCCAAUGGAUCGAGCCGCGCUUGCUGCCAAGAAGCAGAUGGUGCGUGCCUUGAUGUUGGAGAUGCACUUGAGGGAAGUGCGCGGGCAGGGUCCCUUGCCACCACUCAGUGAUGGCGCAGCAUCGCUGUCCAUCAAUCGUUUGGAUGGAUCAAAGCCCCAUGCACCACGGGUCAAGACCAUGCCCGACAUUGCCAUCGGCAGUUCCAAGGGCUCAGAGCAUUUCCAGGGGGGAGCAGUUGCGCAUGGCCAUCACGAUCCUUGGGCACCUUGGCCCCUGCAACCUGGCCAACAUCCUCGAGCGGCAAACACGCCACAGAGCUCCAGAGCUGAAGCUUCACCAUUCUCGCCCGUGUCAUCAGUAUCACCCCAUCCCUCCAAUGUAUCUAUGCCAUGCGUGCCAUCUAUGCCAUCUAUGUCAUCUAUGUCUCCAACCAUACCCAUAACACCCAGCCCCGACCAACGAAAGGUGGGCAGUCACCUCAAGGGUGGACUGCCACUCCUGCAGGAAAGACCAGCUGCUGGAGGCAGCCUGGGACAAAAAUCUCCCCAUCUAUCUGCAAGACACUCGAAUUCAUUGGAGAGUCAGGACAUGACGCCUGAAGGCUUUGAAGACAGUGAGAAGCAAUCGCCAAAGCACCCUCAAAGGGUCGCAAUAGAGAAUUUUGCGUUUGCAGAUUCGAUAAGAUCUGCUAUUGGAUUGCCCAGUUCAGCUCGACGCGCAAAUAGAGCAGCAGAAAGUGCAGCCAGUGGAGCCAAGGAUCAUUUGAAGACAGAUCCGAAGCACAAGACUAAAGGAAUUUAUGGCUCAUCAGCGCCAGCGAUGAGAAGGGCCAACUGGGACCAAGUGACAAAUGGCACGAAGACGAGUCCCAGAAGCACUGGGGCUAGUCGAGAGACCAAUAUCAGUGAGAAGUCUCCAAGACCGCAAAGGCAGGAGCUGCGUAAAGGCAAGGGUCUAGGUCACUCUGCAGAGUCAGGCUCCAGCUUGUGGGAUGCUGCCCAAGGCAGCAUCGAUGCAAAUUCAUCAAAAGCUGCCAAAGAAGGUUCGGCUGAAAAGCUGUCGGGAGCUGCUAAAGGUGGGAAAGUUGCAUCAUUUGAGAGUCGGCUGGAAGCUACAGUUGCAGAGUCACCAGAAAAAUUUGAAAAGCCAUCGGAAGUCGGAGAAAAGAGCCGCAACGAUUGGCGAGAUGAAGAAAUUGCACCACUGCUGGAAGAGUUGGAAGCAUUGUGUCAAGCUGGACAGGUGGAGGAAGCAGCGUUUGCAGCUGCUGCUUUCCUGACCACAGUCGGAAUAAACCCGCCACAGCUCUUGCAGUGGGGCAAACGGAUCCACAGCUAUAAAGAGAUGAUGCGAGCAAAGGAAAAGGCACAGAACAUCUUAGAGGAAGCAGAGAGUAAGUUGGGCGUCACAGAUCCCGCUCAAAUCUGGGAAGCUUUAGAUCAAAUGGAUUGCAUGCUGUCCUUUCUGGAGCCUGUGUGCAUCAUUGAGAGCUGCCUAUCAGAGGGGAAUCUGACAGUCAUCGAACACGUAGACAGGGGCUCGGACUAUGACUGGUCUUGGCACUUGAACAGCUUGCGUCAGGUCAAGGGUAUUCUCCGAACCUCCGAUCAGUGGACAUCCUUGGCAGACAUAGAUAUCGAUGAUGGAUACGACGGCCUCCGUGAGUACAUCUCCCGGGGUGAAUGGUUGCACGAGGAUUUGGAGGAUUGUGAUGCCCUGCAGGACUAUUCAUGUUCCACAACUAGCAGUCUAUGGCGUCCCGACCGGAUUGAGUGGCUGAAAGAAUCGCAUCAAUCUAUUAUUCCCUGUCGAAGCCAACAUGUUGAGAGGAAACCUCGCAGAAUUACAUUGGAGAAGACUGUGAAGGAACGGCACCAUAGAGGGUUGAGGCUCUAUUGCGUCCGGCCAGAGAUGUCUGACAUGUGGGAGGAAUACUGCAAUCUGGUUUGGAAUGAAGCCUCUAACGAAGCCUCGCCAUCAUCGCUCCAAAGAUCUUUGUGGAACUCAUCAAACUCGAGCGCUGAAUUGUCAGUAUCGGAAAAGAGGAGUGCAAAGCCAAUCGGUGCCAACAAACAAAUGUCCAAAUGUCUGCGUAUGUUUGCAAGCUUCAUACUUGCCAGGAUCUAG